ACUGCAAGGCAUUUCCCGGUCGAUCGAAACUUUAGCGGGAACACCGGAUACACAUAUUCACAUUAUCCUCAUCCAGUCGGUCGCCUUGAAAAAUCCAUUGGCACGCUACUGAGGUCAAUCGGGAGGCACUGAUUUUUACUCAAAAACAAUCACAUCUGUAUAUUCAUAAAUCACAAUGGGUGCUACUCGCGCGCAAAAGGAAGUUUACUUCAUCAAACUAAAGGAACUCAUCUCCAAAUAUUCCUCCAUCUUCAUCGUCAACGUUGACAAUGUCAGCUCCAACCAGAUGCACCAGAUUCGUGUUGCUCUCCGUGGCAAAGGUGUCGUCUUGAUGGGCAAGAACACCAUGGUUCGCCGUGCUCUUCGUACUAUCCUCUCGGAGAACCCCCAGUUUGAGCGUCUUCUUCCCCACGUCAGGGGUAACAUUGGUUUCGUCUUCACCGACAAAGAGCUCAAAGAGGUCAGGGACAUCAUUGUUGCCAACAAGAUUGCCGCCCCCGCUCGUGCUGGUGCUUAUGCCCCCAAGGAUGUCUUCGUCCCUGCCGGAAACACCGGUAUGGAGCCCGGAAAGACCUCCUUCUUCCAGGCCCUCGGUAUCCCUACCAAGAUCGCUCGUGGUACUAUUGAAAUCUCGGCCGAGGUCCAGGUCGUUACCGCUGGUAGCCGUGUCGGCCCGUCCGAGGCUACUCUUCUCAACAUGUUGAACAUCUCACCGUUCACCUACGGUAUGACUGUCGUCCAGAUCUUCGACUCUGGAAAUGCGUUCGCUCCCGAAGUUCUCGACAUCGACGAGCAGGUGCUCAUCGACCGCUUCUUGUCCGGCAUCCAGACCAUUGCUGCCAUCUCACUUGCCCUCAACUACCCCACCCUCGUCUCGGUCACGCACUCCCUUGUCAACUCGUACAAGAACCUCAUUGCAUUGUGCUUGUCCACCGACUACAUCUUCGAGGGUGCUCAGAAGGCAAAGGAUUACUUGGAGAACCCUGAAGCAUUUGCUGCCGUUGCUGCCCCUGCUGCCGCUGAGGCUGCACCCGCUGCUGCUGAGGCUGAGGCUGAGGAGAAGGCGGAAGAGAAGGAGGAGUCUGACGAUGACAUGGGUUUCGGUCUCUUCGACUAGAUUACGCAUCAUGUCGUGUUAUGUACUGUCACGCAUAUCGUCUAAUGCACAUGCAAGCUGAUAAGAAGACUCACUCGUGUUGAUCAAAUGAUCCCCAUAAAUAUAUAUAAGUCAAAUGAAGAAGAUUGCAAGGCGCCUAUUCAUACUUCUACGUAGACUUUACAUAUAUGGCUUGGAGAUAAUCAUCCUUUCGUCGCUACA